AUGGCGAAAAAGGCGGUGCUUAUUGGGAUCAAUUACCCAGGAACCAAGGCGGAAUUGCGUGGUUGCGUCAACGAUGUUCGUCGGAUGUACAAAUGUCUCGUCGAACGCUACGGCUUCGCCGAGGAGGACAUCACGGUGCUGAUCGACACCGAUGAAUCCUCUACCCAACCCACGGGCAAGAACAUCCGCAAGGCUCUCGCGGAUCUCGUCGGCUCGGCGGAUUCCGGCGACUUUCUCGUCGUGCAUUACAGUGGGCACGGUACGAGGCUACCGGCGGAGACAGGGGAGGACGAUGACACUGGCUACGACGAGUGUAUUGUUCCUUGCGACAUGAAUCUGAUUACAGGUGAGUCUCAUUAA